AUGAGAAAAUUAAUUGCUAUUUUGCUAAUUGCUUGUGCUAUUAGCUCCGUUAGCUGCUUAGAUAACGGUCUUGCUAAAACUCCUGCUAUGGGCUGGAACUCUUGGAACCAUUUUGCAUGUAACAUUAACGAAGAUUUAAUUAAAGCAACUGCUGAUUAAAUUGUCAACUCUGGCCUCGCUGCUCUUGGUUAUAAUUACAUUAACCUUGAUGACUGUUGGUAAAUUUCUAGAGAUGCUGAUGGUUACAUUGUUGAAGAUAAGGAAAAGUUCCCCUCUGGUAUAAAGGCCUUGGCUGACUAUGUUCAUAGUAAAGGUUUAAAGUUUGGUCUUUACAGUGAUGCUGGUGAAUUUACUUGCUAAAAGAGACCAGGUUCUUUAGGUUAUGAAGUCAAGGAUGCUUAAAGAUAUGCUGAAUGGGAAGUUGACUACCUUAAAUAUGACAACUGCUUCAAUAAAAAUAUUAACCCAAAAAUUAGAUAUCCUCCCAUGAGAGAUGCUCUUAAUGCCACUGGUCGUCCCAUCUAUUUCUCUAUGUGUGAAUGGGGUUAAUACAAUCCUGCCACCUGGGCUCCUGAAGUUGGUAACUCUUGGAGAACUACUGGAGAUAUUAAAGAUCGCUAUUCUUCAUUCUUAUCUAUCCUUGAAAAAUAGGUUGGAUUAGAAAAAUAUGCUCAUCCUGGUGCUUGGAAUGAUCCUGAUAUGUUAGAAGUUGGUAACGGUGGUAUGACUACUCAUGAAUACGAAGCUCAUUUUGCUCUUUGGGCCCUUUUGAAGGCUCCUCUUUUGAUUGGUUGUGAUGUUAGCAAAAUGUCAGAAGACACUAUUAGAAUUCUUACAAACAAAGAAAUAAUUGCUAUUAAUCAAGAUCCUUUGGGUAUCUAAGGCCACAGAGUUAAAAAAUCUGGAUUUUGGUUCUGGAGCUGGUAACUUUGGAUGGGUUAACUUGAAGAUGGUGUUGCUAUCAUUCUUUUCAAUACCUCUGCUUGGGAAAGAAACUUGUCUUUCACAUUCAAAGAAGUUGGAAUAGUAGGACCUGCUACCAUCAGAGAUCUAUACUAACACGAAGACUUGGGUGUCUUUAGCAAUUCUUUCUCUGCUAUAGUUCCUAAGCACGGAGUUGUUGUAGUUAAAGUAGUACCUGUCUGA